UAUUGAUUGAUUAUUUCAAAAAAUCUUAUUAGAAGUUACUGAAGUUUUUUAAAGAAGUUAUAUAAAUCACAUACAUUUUUAGCAAUUAAGCAAUCUUAAUUAUGAAAAUUUUAAUAGUAAAUGCUUACUCAGAUACUCCAAGCGGAUAGAAGCAAUUUUCAGAAUUUGAAAAUAUGAUUAAAUAAUAUUUCUUAAGAUAAAAGGAUUUAAUGGAUACUGAAACAGAAUUUUUUGUUUGCGAUAAAAACAAUAUAUGUGAUUUUCUAUAUGAAAUGAGUGGGAGCUUUGUUAGUAAGGAAGCUGCAAAGUCAUUUGAUUUUAUAGAUAUGGUUUUUAUUGAGGGAGAUGCAAAUUUAAGACCAUGGUCAGAUAAAGCUUCAUAAUUUCUUAUGUUUUUAAAAAACUGCUUCAAAACUAAUAAAAUUUUAUGGGCAUCUUAAUUUGCUAUGUAGGCUCUGAUUUAUUUAAUUGCAACAGACUUAGAGAGACCAGUUAAUAUUGUAAAUGGAGCUAAUGGUGAUCCUAUACAAAGCUUUAAAUCUAUUCAAAAGGAUUAUCCAAAUGGAAAAAUGGAUUACUUUUUAGAUAAUGUUUCGGGAGAUAUGUAUUAAUGGGAUAAUGAGAUAAAUUAAUGGAAACCUGUUCACAACACUGGACUUCAUUUUAGAAAGAAAGCAUAAGAAAGCUAGGAUUUGGGAAAGUUAGUUAUGAAAACUGAAAUAUACCGUGCUAACAUUCAUCAUAAAAAAACUUACACAAUAUUUGAAGCUAAAAAUACAGAAACUAUUUGCUAUAUUAAGAAAGCUUUGAUGAACCAUUAUGCACUUCUUGAUUUAGAAUUUGAAUUUCUUGUUCCGAGUAAAAAUUAAUGGGAUGCUCAUCCCAUAGCAUUUGUAAACCCACAAAAGACAUAUACUGUUUUAGCUGAUUCUAGGUUUACUGUUUAAAUUAUUGAACCGAAUCCUUAUACUUUGGGAUGUUAAUUCAAUGUAACAAAAAAAUAUCCUUAAACUGUUUAGGUUUUAUGCAAUUUUAUCAAACAUUAAUUGGAUAAAAUUAGAUAAGGAAAAAGAUCUAUCCCAAUAAAGAGUAUUGUAAAUAUGACAGAGGAAGACAACAAUAGCUUAGAAUCUAUUUUAAAAGCUAAAAAGCAAGAUUCAUAGUAAGAAGAAUAAAAAAAGAAAAAAAUAUAUCCUUGCUUUAGACAUUCUGGUUUUGCUAUUAAAAAACAUGAUAAGGUCGAUUUAAUGGUUGAAAAUAAUGCUGUACAUCGUGAUAGUGUGACUAAUCUUUAAGAAAUAGACCAUUUUAAUUCUAGAUCAAGUAAAUCUGGUAUUGGUACAAACAACAAUAUUCCUUCUUUAAAUAAUAUAAAUAUUGAAGAUUAACACAGCCAAGUUAAUUCUUCCAAGCAACACCGUCCUAUGACUGCUUUCUAAAAUGGUUCGAGCAAAUUUUAGAGAGGAAAUGAAUAAAAUAUAAAAUCUAUAAUGAAAAAUAGAAUAAUCAGUGCAAAGUCUACUGUUUAGUCUUAAUUUAUUUCAACCAGCUAAUAUUAAAAAUUUUAAGAUGCUUCUAAAUAAAGUAAGGAAUAGGAGCAUAAAUAUAAUUAAAAAGAUUUAAUAGAUGAAAAAGAUGCGUUUGUUAAAAAUUAAAGUGAAAUUAGAUUAAUGCUUCACCCUAAGCUAUAAAAAGAAGGGCUUCCUCAGAACGAAAAUAUAUGGGUGUCUGGGUCAAAUUUUUAAAAGGAUUUAAGCAAGAGUAACUAAUUAAGUGGAAUUAGAGCUUUGGAACAUUAAACAAUUAUAAAAGUGCCAUCUGUUGGCCCUAUGAAGAAGUUGUAGCUAAGGACACAAUCAGCUGCAUCAUUAAAAUAAUAGCCGCUUUAUACUACAUAAGAUAAAAACCACAAUCCAUUUGUUAAAUAAGAAAAUGUUGUAAUGCCAAGUAGGGUCAACCUGUAAUCAAGCUAUUUUGGUACUAAAUCUUAGUUGAGCAUAGCUGAAACAGAUAAAAAGAAGACUACAAUAAAUAAUUUAGAUAUUGGUUUUGAUGAAUGUAGAAAAAAGCCAAUUGUAAGAACGAGUGGACCUUAUCUUACUGUUUAAGAACAAGAGCAACUAAGAGAACUUGAAGCUAAAAAACUUAAUAUAGGUGACAGAAUAUUUCAUACAGGAUCUGUUAAAAAUUACAAAAUGCUAAAAAAUAUAUUAUUCGAUAGUGAAUACAAUCCACCAUCUAAGCAUUAAUACAGAGAAUUUAAUCCUGAAAAAUGGGUGUCAAAAAAUGCAUUUUUGUUGUGAUUCAUUAAAAAAUAAGAAAAACAUUAAUAGAUAAAUAAAUAAAUAAAUAAAUAAAUAAAUAAACAUAAUUUGUUUAAAAUAGUAAAUUUAUUAAUAUUCUCUAAUUGUUUAAAUACUAAUUUUCACUCAAAUACUUCAAAUUCAUUUGUAUUUAUAAAUAAGAAAAACAUUAACAGAUAAAUAAC